UUAUUUACUCAUUCUUUGGUUUGAAUUCCCUCUUUAAAUUUUCUAUAUUUAUAGAAACUAUGGAUCAAAGAGUUUUCGGCAUAAGAAAAAAGCCCACCGGAGCUUUUCAUUUCUUCUUUAUCAGAAUCAAACAAAUAUGGGUUCUCUAGCUUUACCCCUUUCAAAGAUGGGAGCCCUUACUUUGCACCCAACAACAAUGGUGGGAUUUCCAACUUCUACUUCUGUCUCCCUUCAUUUCCAUCCUUCUCCUCAUCCGCAUCGACUGAAGGUACGGUGCCAAAAAACCGAAGCUGACCAGAAGGUAGUCAAGAAGUUGCCUCCGGGGCCGAUGAAGCUUCCUAUUAUUGGAAACCUGCACAACUUGGCAGGUAAGCUGCCUCAUCAUGCUCUCCAAGAACUUGCCAAAGAAUAUGGACCUAUCCUGCACCUGCAACUGGGUGAGGUUUCUACAAUGGUGGUUUCCGAUGGUAAGAUGGCUAAAGAGGUGUUAAAGACGCAUGAUCUUAACUUUGCACAGAGGCCACGACUUCUUGCUGCUGACAUUGUACUAUACGAUGGUAAAGAUAUUGCUUUCUCUCCAUAUGGUGAAUACUAUAAGCAGAUGAAAAAGGUUGGCGCCGAAGAACUCUUAGGGCCUAAGCGGGUGCAAUCGUACUCUUCUCUUCGUGAAGAGGAGGUCCAGAAACUCGUUGAAUCAGUUCGAUUGUCUCUGGGUAAACCGAUCAAUUUUGGUGACAGAAUUUGUCGCUUGACUAAUGUUAUAGUCUUCAAAGCAGCUUUUGGAGAAGAAUGCAAAGAACAGGAUACAGCCAUUGCAGUAUGCGUGACAGCAACAACCCUUGCCGGAGGUUUUCAGAUAGCUGAUGUGUUCCCCUCGUUAACGUUUCUUCAUGACAUCAAUGGUUUUAAAACGAAAGUAAAGGAAGUUGCUAAGGAAAUUGACAGAAUGUUGAGUGACAUCGUUGAGGAACACAGUAAGAAACUGACGAGCAGAGAAAUCAAUAACGAUGGAACAGAGAGAGAAGAUCUAGUUGAUGUUCUCUUGAAGCUUCAAAGAAGUGGCCGCUUUCAGUGUGAAGUAACAACUGACCACAUUAAAGCUGUCAUUUUCGAUUUUUUCAUUGCUGGAACAGAGACGUCUUCGAACACUAUAGAAUGGGCAAUGUCAGAACUGAUGAGAAAUCCAAGAGUCCUGAAGAAAGCACAGGCAGAGGUAAGGGAAGCUUUUAAAGGGAAGAAAACAAUCCGCGACGCUGACGUUAAGGACUUGAAAUACUUGGAAUUAGUAAUAAAAGAGACUUUAAGGCUACAUCCUCCAUUGCCCCUGUUACUUCCAAGAGAAAACAAACAAAGUUGUGCAAUUGGAGGGUACCAAAUACCAGCCAAAACCAGGAUGAUUGUCAAUGCCUAUGCAAUCGGUCGAGAUCCCAAGACCUGGCGUGACGCUGACAAGUUCAUACCUGAGAGAUUCUUGGACGCUGCAGUCGAUUUUAUAGGGAUGGAUUUUGAGUACAUCCCAUUUGGAGGUGGAAGGAGGAUAUGUCCAGGCAUGAAUUUAGGUAUGGCCAACAUGCAGCUACCUUUAGCCCAAUUACUCUACCAUUUUGACUGGAAGCUACCAGAUGGGAUCGCACCAGAAGAUUUAGACAUGACCGAAACUUUUGGAGCCACCAUUACAAGAAAGAAUAAGUUGCACGUGAUCCCCACUCGUUACCAGCCCUUGCAGGGUAACCAACAGAGGGAAGCCAUAAAAGUUGUCAAUUAAAUGAUCCCGUCCUCGAUGUAGAACAGCCUAUUGGACACAACUUCUUUCCAUCUUCUCUUUAAAUGUUUGUUUUAGUGACUUGUGUCCUGUCUCAUUCAUGUGUCAUAUGCUGCUGUAUUGUGGAUCUUGUUUUGUCUUUAGUACCGGGGAAAAUGUCAUCUGCCUUUUGUAUUGUUUUGAUUAGCAAAUAAAGUUACUUGUAAUCUUAUUAGGUUAAAUAUUCAAAACUUUAAGAUUUUUUUUUUUU